UGACAGCUAAACAGUCACGGCUCGGACAGAGGGGAUCAAACAGUGAACUCUGCUCUUUACAGAUAUGAAUCAUCUGUGAACAUUAUGAUUGGACACUUAGGAAACGUUGUGGUCAUGUGGGACAACGCAGGAGGACGAGUGGUCAACCGCAUCUUCUCACUUCCACAGGAGUUUGGAAAGUGACUUCAUGAUGAACUGUGCUCUGGUUCUUCUGUUAACAUCAAGCUGCUUCAGCUGGUCUGCAGCUGGAAUCAUCCCCAGCAGAACAGCGCCCAAGACGCUGAAGUACCUGAUUGACCCCCCCGUGUACGCUGAGGUCAGCGGCCGGAGGGGGGACAACGUCACCCUGCCGUGCAUCCUGAGAAUCAAACCCAGCCGCUACAGAGUGAAAUGGACAAAGCUUGAGCCGGGACACGUGGGGCCAGAGAAUAUCAUCAUGAUAUCGAACGCCCUCGCCUUCAAGCCAUACGGCCAUCUUGGACCGCGGGCCUCUCUUCGAAAGGCUCACACCAUGGACGCCUCGCUGCAGCUGAGCCGUCUGGAGCUGGACGACGGGGGGGCGUAUCGCUGUGAGCUCGUGAACGGCAUCGAGGACGAGAGCGUGGAGGUCACGCUGACGAUUGAAGGUGUGGUGUUCCCAUAUCAGAGCGAGAGCGGACGCUACAGAUUCACUUUCUAUGAAGCCAUGGAGGCGUGUGCUGCGCAGGACGGCUCGCUGGCCACGUACACCCAGCUCUACAGAGCCUGGACGGACGGCCUGGACUGGUGCAAUGCGGGUUGGCUCCACGAUGGAACCGUUCGAUACCCCAUCAUCGACCCCCGACCUGCCUGCGGAGGAGAGCUGCUCUCCGGGAUUCGCACCUACGGACCAAAGGACAAACAUCACGAUCGGUUCGACGCCUUCUGCUUCACCUCGCAGACGUCCGGCUCUGUCUUCUACGUCCCAGGCUCCUUCUCCUUCCAGCAGGCCGCUCAUGCGUGUCAACACCAGGGGGCGGAGCUGGCGUUGGUCGGCCAUCUUUACUCCACCUGGCACUUCCAAAGCUACGAUCAGUGCGACGGCGGCUGGCUGAGCGACGGGAGCGUACGCUUCCCCAUCAGCACCCCCCGCGGGCGCUGCGGGGGCAGCCCCGAGGCGGGGGUGCGCUCAUUCGGAUUCCCUGACAAGACGACGCAUCUUUACGGAGCCUAUUGCUAUAGGUAGCCUCGAGUAACAUCUAACUUCUCACUGUCAACAAGCGCAGAUUGAUUUCACGAUGUUCUUUCCAGGCACAGCCAAAGCAACCGGUUUGAAUCAAAGCUCGUUCAGGCUUCCUGUACGUACAAAGAGAGAAGCGUCCUGUCACUUCCCACAACGUCCAUUCCUCCGUUCGGUUGGCAGAGUUGUUUAUCCAUACUUCCACUAGUGGGCAGCACAGAGUCAGUUUCCGUAAAUGUAUCUAACGUUGAGGAUGAAUGAACCAGUUUUCCUGAAUCAUCUCACGUUAUCACAACACGUAGUUUUCUUCUCACACGUGAGAUCAGGCCACACCUCUUCUCUUCAACUAACAACUAACUCAUAAAUGUCUUUGAAUGACACACGAGCACCAAAGCAAGAAAUCUCUGACGCAACAGACAACAAUUGAAGUCAGACGUAUGUGGAUUUACAUUUUCUACAUUUAAGAAAUGUCAUUAAACAUAAAUGAAGUCAUUGUGUUCAUCCUUCUUUUCUGUGAUUCAUUUAAAACAAGGGGAGACGUCAUGGUGGACACAGGUAAACACCCACGUGUGAUUCCAUCUGAGGAAACACUCCCUGGAGGUCGGUGCAAACAGACGCACUGUGGUUUAAACACCAGCUUCUGUGGAUUACUGAAAUGAAUCAUCCUUUUCUUAACCUGUGAUAAAUACAAACCUGCUUCUUCUCUGCUUGUUUGUCUCUUCGUGACCCGAAGCUGCUUCCUCUGAUGUCAAACUGUCAACUAAUCACAUGUCCUUUCAUUUAUUCAAUAAAGACAUGUCCACAUUUCA